AUGGCUACAUUCUAUUUCGUUCCGUACGGCCUCAUCUACGUCGUAGUUGCAGUGGUCGGCUCUGACCAUUUCCGUGGUAUUGACCCAGUGAACGGCGAUCCGAACGAUAAAUACUAUCCCCACCAGAAGGCUUAUCUGGAGGCCAUCUCUGUACCAAAGGCUUGGAACAUCCUGGACUCUACUUCCAAGAGGACACCUGUAACCAUCGCCGUUAUCGACGAUGGCGUGCAAGCCGAUCAUCCCGACUUGCAAGGGGUCGUCACUGAGGGCUAUAACGUUAUUGAUAAGAAUGCCGAUACCCAUCCUCGAGGACCGCAUGGAACUAUGAUGGCUGGCAUUCUCGGUGCUAUCAGGAAUAACAAAAUUGGUAUCGCGGGUAUUGCCGACCAUCUCCGUGUCAUGCCUAUCUAUGUUGGCGACAAGGCGUCUUCCAGAGCCAUGACUGAUGCUUUCACCUACCUCAUUUCUAAGAGGCCAGAUGUGAAGGUAAUUGUGUGUGGGCAAGGCUCCAAAACUUACUAUCAAUCAGAGUUGAAGAAGAUUCUCGAAGCAGUGUCAGCUGGCAUGCUAGUUGUUGUGGUGGCAGGAAAUGACCACUUAGAUCUGGACAUAGAAGAAUACUUUCCUUGUUCCCUCCGCGGACCCUAUUCGGACGGUGUUAUAUGUGUGGCUGCGACAAAUGGCACAAGAAUGCAGCUGGACGACGAGAGCAAUUUUGGUUCAGCUGUUGACGUCGCCGCUCCUGGCUACCAAAUACUGGGAACUACUCCUACUGGAACGUAUAGUAAGGGUACAGGUACCUGUGGGGCCACAGGCAUCAUAGCAGGUAUAGCUGGAAUGCUCUAUAGCCUCGAACCUUCUCAGCAUGCCAAACUGACCCCAGCUUAUAUCCGAAAUAUCAUCAAGAAUACGGCCACGCGAGGUGUGAUAGAUAGCAAAGGGGAGAAGUUUCUUACUUUCGGCCGCGUCAAUGCUGAGGCGGCUGUACGAGAAGUACUUAAAAAGUAG